CGCGUCCUGCCGGGUCCUGUCCCGCAGCGUCCGGCCCGUGCGCUGUGCGCUGUUUGUCUCUGCCCUGGAGUAGGCGCUGGCCGGUGCUCCCAGCGCAGCUAUGGCUCAGCACUUCUCCCUGGCCGCCGGCGACGUGGUCGGCUUCGACCUGGACCACACUCUGUGUCGCUACAACCUGCCCGAGAGCGCCCCGCUCAUUUAUAAUAGCUUUGCAGAGUUCCUGGUCAAGGAGAAAGGAUAUGACAAGGAAUUGCUCACUGUGACUCCAGAGGACUGGGAUUUCUGUUGCAAGGGCUUGGCAUUGGAUCUGGAAGAUGGGAACUUCAUUAAACUUGCAGAUAAUGGCACUGUUCUCAGGGCAAGCCACGGCACAAGGAUGAUGGCUCCUGAGGAGCUGGCCAAGGAGUAUGGCAGGAAGGAGUGGAAGUACUUCAUGUCUGACACUGGAAUGGCUUGCCGCUCAGGAAAAUACUAUAUUUAUGAUAACUACUUUGACCUGCCAGGAGCUCUUCUGUGUGCCAGAGUGGUGGAUUCCUUAACAAAGCAGCACAAUGGUCAGAAAACAUUUGAUUUUUGGAAGGAUAUAGUGGCUGGUAUACAACACAAUUAUAAGAUGUCAGCUUUUAAAGAAAACUGUGGAAUAUAUUUUCCAGAAAUAAAAAGAGAUCCAGGCAGGUAUUUACACAGUUGUCCCGAAUCUGUAAAAAAGUGGCUUCGACAGCUAAAGAAUGCUGGGAAAAUUCUUUUGUUAAUCACCAGUUCUCAUAGUGAUUACUGUAGACUCCUCUGCAAACACAUCCUUGGGAAUGAUUUUGCAGAUCUUUUUGACAUUGUGAUUACAAAUGCAUUGAAACCUGGUUUCUUCUCCCAUUUACCAAGUCAGAGACCUUUCCGGAGACUGGAGGAUGACGAAGAGCAGGAGGCACUGCCAUCUCUGGAUAAACCUGGCUGGUACUCCCAAGGGAAUGCUGUCCACCUUUAUGAACUUCUGAAGAAAAUGACUGGCAAACCUGAACCCAAGGUUGUUUACUUUGGGGACAGCAUGCACUCAGAUAUUUUCCCAGCCCGUCACUAUAGUAACUGGGAGACCGUCCUCAUCCUGGAGGAGCUCAGAGGCGACAGGGACUGGAAGCCUGAGGAAUCAGAGCCCCUAGAGAAGAAGGGGAAAUAUGAGGGACAGAAGGCAAAGCCUCUGUAUUCAUUAUCUAAUAAAUGGGGCUCUUUUUUUGUUGACUCCAUUUCGGGACUGGAAAAUACAGGAGACUCGUCCGUCUAUACAUGGUCCUGCAAGAGAAUCAGUACUUACAGCACUAUUGCAAUUCCAAGUAUUGAAGCAAUAGCAGAAUUACCCCUGGACUACAAAUUCACAAGGUUCUCCUCAAGCAACUCAAAAACAGCUGGUUACUACCCAGGUCCUCCACUGGUCUUAGCAAACAGCGAAUCACUGACAACCAAAUAACUUGAUCUCUACUGAAAAAGGAAGUGAAGAACCAUAUAUGCAGCUAAUGUACUGUGAAAAUGUUAAUUUUAAAAAAAAUACUGUAACGUGCUUUAUAGGAACAAAUUCUUAAUGAAAAUUGAUGAAUUGUUUUUUUUCCACAGAUCCUCUUUCUCUAGAUACCCAAUAACUCUGAUUAUAUCAAGAUCUCAGUAUCUUAGAACUGAAAAGAAUCUUACCACUAUUUUGUAUACCAGUUGCUCUGAGAUUAGAAUUCACCCUGAGACACACACAUAUUUACACCUAAGCCUAGGCCAGUGGCCCUCAAAGUGUGGUCCCAAACCACUAUCAUAGCAUCAUGUGAGAAUUUGAUAGAAAUGCAAAUUUGCAGGCUACACCCAAGACCUACGGAAUUAGAAACUCUGGAAACCUGUGUUUAAUAAUCAUGUGAUUCACACUAAAGUUUGAGAGCCACUGGCUUGACCAUAACCACCAGAGACUGGGUCAUUGGGUCUGGGGAUAAAGAGGGGUACUGACCCCUUUUAUACCCAAGGACACUGAGUCCAAUGAGAGUGAAUGACUUUUCCAGGUUAUCAAGUUUUAUGCUGUUCUCUUGUUUUCCAAAGCAAGGAAUGGAGACGUGAUCUCUUCUGAUGCCACACAGCCAGUGUGGGACAGAGAUGACACCAGAAGCCUGCUACUUCAGCCUCCAACGUUGCCCGUUAGGGUUCCCCCCAAUAAUGGUAAAGUCUGUUUAAUUUAUUUCCAUUCACUUUAAAGCAUGUAUUCUCAAAACGGAAAAGAAAGGUUCUUAAGGUGAAAAAAAUAAGAGAGAGCCCAAUGGAUUCUAGCCCUCCAAAGCUCAACAUUACCCAAAAAGUCUUAUUCCAUAGUAUUACUACUUCUCAUUAAGGAGAAAUAUAAUGUAAAGCUCAAUUUAUUCAUUAAAUUUGAGUGAAAUUUUUCUCCUUAGGUGGGGCAGGCAGUGAUGAAAAAAAUGAGUAAAACUGCUUUGGAAGAGUUCAUCGUUGUAUUGACCUUCUGGGAUUAUUGUGUUCUGUGUGCUAUGCAGUCGUAUUCAUGGUUGUUCAUUGCAGGACAUGGGGAGGCAGGUAAUGUUUACAAUAUAAACCCUGGCUCCUCUUUAUGUUGUAAUUUCACUGUUCGUCAUGAACAAUGACAGAAAACACACUGAUCACCAUCACUGUUUUAGUUGGACUGUAACAGAGAAUUUAGCAUAUUGAUACCUACAAAGAAAAGAUAAAUAUUUUGUUAAAAAUGUUAAAUGCUCAAAAAUAGUCCCAAAUCUAUGGUGGGGAUGAGUAUCUCAGGGUAAGUAAACAGUUACUGAAAUUAUUUUCUCAAAGUCAGUAACUUUCUUUGAUAUCUAAUAAGAAUAUAAUAAUGUGUUUGGAAUUGAUUUCCAGAUCUCAGUGGAAUAUGAUGAUGAGCACACAAAUCAAGCUUAGGGCUAAGUGACAGAUGCUGUCUCCUGUAUACUUGCAGUGCACACUUGAUUUCUUUCAAAAAUAAAGCUAUUUUUCCUUA